AUGCCAUCACAAAGAAAAACAACGGUCCCUAGUACCCAGCAGGCCUUAAGUGGUCAAGGAGUGCCAAGAAUCACUGGGAAGUAUGCAAUAGCGGAGGGAUGUUGCAGAAAAAUUCAGAAUGGUUCCUCUAUGGUACUUAGACUUGGAACACUCAAUGUUGGAUCACUGACUGGCCGCAGCAUGGAAAUUGCAGAAAUGCUCGAGCGUAGAAGGAUUGACAUCUGCUGCCUUCAGGAAACCCGAUGGAAAACGAAUGGUGUCUGUCAUGUCAACUCAGACAAAGAAAAAUAUAAACUAUUCUGGAAUGAUCAAAAGACGGCCAAAAAUGGUGUUGGAAUUUUUGUCAAAGAACCGCUAGCCCAAGAAGUACUGGAUAUUAAAAGGAUUAAUUCAUGA